AUGCAUUGUGCCUUCGAUACAUUGGACCGGCUUGCUAGAACCGUGUCACGACCACGCUACAUCAGCUGUAUCGACGCGAAGUGUUCAGGUCUUGACUAUUUCCUGCAGCUUAUCUACCGCCUGCACUAUAGCACGAUCCGAUUUUUGAACCUUAACGAGAAAAAGAUUCGACGCACCGCCUCAACCGCAAAGGCUCAAGUGAACCAGACUCGUGAGAGUUGCUUUCCGCCAGCUUUAUUUAAACCAGAGCAGGACGACAUCAUCGGCACAGUGUCAGAUUAA